GUUGCAAAAUAAUCGUACCCUUCUCUCGUCAUGCCAAAUUCAUCUCCGCAUCGUUUCAUGUCUUUCCGAGUCUCUAGCCUAAAUUUUUCAAACAUUUCAAACAUUCUCCUCCGCACACGUCCGGUAUAUCAGAAAUUCUCUAUGCGAGUCUACACGGGACCAUCCACGAAAAUGGGAGAUAUCCUGAAGGGAAAAUACCCGGCAAAGGCGCACGCCAAGCGCGUGGCCGAUCUCAUCAUCGAAAAGGGAGGAGAUCCCAAGGGCGUGCUGUACCUGGAGGGAAAAAAAACCCAGAUAUACGAAGACAGUGACCAACCCGUGCUCUUCCGUCAACGUCGACACUUCUACUACCUUUCCGGCUGUGAUGUUCCGGACUGUUACCUGACCUAUAGCAUGGGCGAUGGCAUCCUCAAACUAUACAUCCCACCGAUCCAUGCGGAUGAGGUGAUCUGGUCCGGGCUACCGUUGAGCGUAGAGGAGGCGACCGAAACCUAUGAUAUUGACGGUUGCGGCUACACCGACGCGUUGAACACCGAUCUUGCAGAUGCGCAGAAGAGCUCAGGAAGAACGGUCUACGUGAUCCCAGGACAGGUUUCCGACCAUGUGGACCUCUCGGCCUUCUCGUCGAAGGACACGAAAUCGGUAAAGGGAGCCAUCGAGACGUCCCGAGUGCGAAAGGAUGAAUAUGAGGUCGCCAUGAUCCGUCAUGCCAACGCCAUCAGCUCGGACGCUCAUGCUGCCUUGAUGAAAGCCGCACCAUCCGCGAAAACGGAGCAGGAACUCGAGGCCGUCUUCCUGAAAGCAUGCAUCGAGCGCGGAGGUCGCUAUCAAGCGUACGACAGCAUUGUUGCUGCCGGAACUGCGGGCGCAACACUUCACUACAACAAGAACAAUGCACCUCUUAAAGGAAAGAUGAACCUUUUGAUCGACGCGGGUGCGGAGUACCGAACGUAUGCGUCGGAUAUCACACGGUCGUUCCCGAUCAACGGCAGCUACUCCCCCGAGAGCCGGGCCAUCUACGACAUCGUGCUCGAGAUGCAGAACCGGAGCUUCGAUGCCAUCAAGGCGGGAAUGAUCUGGGACGAUGUCCAUGCCAUUGCCCAUCGCGUUGCCAUCAAGGGACUGCUGGACAUCGGCAUCCUCACCGGUGGGACCGUGGACGAGAUCUUCGCAGCGAAGACGUCGGUUGCGUUCUUUCCCCAUGGAUUAGGCCACCACCUGGGGAUGGACACGCAUGACUGUGGCGGGAAUCCCAACCCCAAUGACCCCGACCCGAUGUUCCGCUACCUGCGACUGCGCGGUCAUGUGCCGGAAGAUGCCGUCGUGACCGUCGAGCCGGGCAUCUAUUUCUGUCGCUUCAUCAUCGAACCCUAUCUGAAAGAUGAGAAGCACAAGAAGUACAUCGAUGCCAAUGUCCUGGAGAAAUACUGGGUCGUUGGGGGAAUCCGGAUCGAAGACAAUGUCCUGGUCACCAAGGACGGCCACGUCAACCUCACGACGGCUCCGAAGACGGCUGACGCAGUAGAAGCCCUUAUAAAGGGGGCCUAGGCUUUCGUGAGAUAUUGGCGUUUCAUAAGUACCAGAAGCCUAUUGUACUCAGAGGCUGUUGGCCGAGACAAUUCAGCACUUGAUGGCAGGUGCGGGAACUCCUGCUAAAAUAUGGCUAUAAGACUUCGAGCAAAUAUCGCUCAUUGCAAUAAUGAUUGCGCUCUAACAAUCCAAACCACGCCUGUGCGGCUACAGACCCCAACUCCACUAUGCAUCGAAUCCAACGGUAUGGGUAGGCCGGCCUCAAAAAGCGAACAACGUGACAUUACAGAUAUCCAACAUCAGUCACCUUUGGCACCUUUUCCAUCCCCUUUGCCUUGAAACCGUCCCCGGACCCCUUCAUUGUCCCGUAAUCCAACGCCUGUCGUCCCACUCGGGCCAUCUGCCGUCCCGUGCUCAUCGUUGUCGCCAAUCUCAAAUGAGUCCAUUAACUCGAUCAGAUCUCCACCACCCCCGUCUCU